AGACCACGCGACCCCAGCUAGCUACUCCAGUUACCAGGCACAGCACAGGCGCCCACGCGCUCCAGCAGUGAGGGAGGGAGGCCCUGCCACCCGUGCGUGCCGUGCCGUCCUGGUCCCGCCCCUCCCCUGCGGCCAAGAGAGAGAGAGAGAGCGCCGAGCCCGCCCCGCCAGCGCCGCGCGAUUCGCCGAUGGCCAGCCAUGAGGCGUGCUGCGGCACCAUGUUCUGGGUGUACCUCAUGUCCUGCGUCGGCCUCGUCAUGUUCGCCGGCCUCAUGUCGGGGCUCACCCUCGGCCUCAUGUCCCUCAGCCUCGUCGACCUCGAGGUGCUCGCCAAGGCCGGCACGCCCAAGGACAAGCUCAACGCCGCCAGGAUCCUCCCGGUCGUCAAGAACCAGCACCUGCUCCUCUGCACGCUCCUCAUCGGCAACUCGCUCGCCAUGGAGGCGCUGCCCAUAUUCCUCGACACGCUCGUGCCGCCCUACGUCGCCGUCCUCAUCUCCGUCACGCUCAUCCUCGCCUUCGGGGAGAUCAUGCCGCAAGCCAUCUGCACGCGCUACGGGCUCAGCGUGGGGGCCAAGGCGGCGCCCGUGGUCCGGCUGCUGCUCAUCCUCUUCUUCCCCGUCGCCUACCCGAUCAGCAAGUUAUUGGACUGGCUCCUGGGAAAGGGACAUUUUGCACUAAUGAGAAGAGCUGAGCUAAAGACGUUAGUUGAUAUGCAUGGCAAUGAGGCUGGAAAAGGUGGAGAGCUGACUCAUGAUGAAACCACUAUCAUUACAGGAGCUCUGGAGCUGACUCAAAAGAUUGCAAAAGAUGCCAUGACUGCUAUAUCUGAAACAUUCUCACUUGACAUAAAUGCUAAGCUGGACUUACACACAAUGGGCAUGAUAAUGACUAGAGGGCAUAGUCGUGUUCCUAUAUACUCUGGGAUGCCAAGCAAUAUUAUCGGCCUUAUAUUGGUAAAAAACUUGAUUACUUGCCGCGCUGAAGAUGAAGUGCCCAUUCGUAAUCUUACUAUCAGAAAAAUUCCAAGGGUGGCUGAUGAUCUUCCUCUCUAUGACAUUCUAAAUGAGUUCCAGAAAGGUCACAGCCACAUGGCUGUGGUAAUUAAACGAACAAAGGAAGCAGGAGUAUCCACUGAAAAGCAAAAGAGCACAACUGCCGAUUAUAAAAUAAACCCCAAAGAUGCUCGUGCUGAUGGCUCAUCCCCUUCUUAUGGUAGCACUGCCGUAAGUCGUAGAAUUAACAUAGAGAAGCAUGGAGAUGGGCGCCCAUACAAUAAGAAAUCAGAAAGGAAGCGGGAAAACAUUCUUGAUUUUAACAACGAUCCACUUCCAAGCUAUUCAAUGGAUGAGGAGGCAGUGGGAAUAAUCACAAUGGAAGAUGUCAUGGAAGAACUUCUACAGGAAGAAAUCUAUGAUGAAACAGAUGAGUAUGUUGAUGUACAUAACAAGAUCAGGAUAAACAUGUUGACUCCAGGCAAAUCGCUGUCACCUGCUAUAUCUCCUGGUGGUGGGCCCUUAUCUCAGGGGUUUCGAAGGACUCCUAUGGCAUCUCCGUUCUCACCAUACCACCAUGGUAGUUCUGUCUUGCGUUCCCCGGCUUCGAACCAUGGUCAGUCACCUGGGACUUUACCGACAAUACUGUCCCCUGGAAGAUCACCUACUGCACAGACACCUGGGCAAAGUUCACCAAACGGAAGUCAGGUUUCAAUAAACUCCAACGGUCAACAUAAAAAGGACGGUGAGAGCUAACAUCCCAGAAGAUUGGUUCUCGGAUGAAGGUCUCGUCUCAAGACGGCAUGCGUGAUCAAAUUAUGACAUUGCUAGCGUAGGAUUAAGCUGCGAGUAUAAGUAGCACAGCUCUCUUGGCCCAUAGUUUUGAUCGCUUGCCUGUACAUAUAUGCUUCAGCAUCCGGACCUUUAGUAUGUCCUAAUCCUCGCUCUGUAUUGUAGAGGUCACAUCUUAUAUAGUUAUAAUAUAUCUGGUGAGGGGGAAAAGAGCUAAGCGUUGGACUGAAUAUAUUAAAGAAAAAAUCAAGCUGAUUUUGCGACU